AGCUUCUGGCUCUUGUGGAGAAGCAAAAGGUCCCCUUCCUGCUGAUGCAAAAAAGAGAAAUGAGGCUCACCGACCCUGCUAAGUUCAAGUUGUUGCAAGGGGGAGAGAGUCGCGCUGAUCAGCCCAUUAUUCAGUUGCCGGGCUUGGUUCCACCUUUGACGGAUGACACUGGGGAGUGCACCAUGGUCCUGGUUUUCCCCAGGGACAGAAGAGCUGGUGGCGCGGUUGAUCACCACGAAUUCGUGGCAGAGCCCUUCGAGAAAGCGAAAGAUAUCUUCGACGUGGGCGACAACCCAGCAAGCGCCGACACGCUCAAGAAGUUUCAAUACAUCGUCGAGGAUGCGGACGACGAUUUGGAGAUGGAGCUUUACCAGGCAGAUAUCAGGAGUCGCUUUUUGGAGAUCUUGGGUCACUCAGGAAUUAUGGUGGAGCAAUUCUCUAGCCUUGAUGGAGAUGAAGACUUUGUGACAUUGACUCUUCCCCUGGAGGGACCGACCAUCGAGUACUUUGCUCAAAGGCUUGGAUACUCCAUGCCGUUGACGAGCGCCUGUUAUCAGAAGGUGAAACCUCAUGGCCCAUAUCCGGGCACCUAUCCAAUGUCCAACGAUGAUGGGCGGGAAGUGGUGGCUUACGACCGGUUCACUCAAGAGGGCAAGGAGCGCUUUCAGAAGUUUCGGAAGACUGAUGCCAUUAGGAUUCUGGAAUUCUGGCUGGACAGAUGGGUGAGCUUGGAUGAAAUGCAGCAGCAAGGUGUCAUCUCAAAGUACUACCCAUGUCCUGAUCCCGAAGAGCUCGAAGCAAUUCAUAACUCAGUUCUGACAUGCAAAGGUUUCAUCCCUGAAAACAUGCUCAAAGGGAUCAUCUCCUUUCGCACAUACUUUGGAGAUCAGAUUGCAUUUCUUUUUCGAUGGAACCUCCACCUGUGCAAUGCAACGACCAUUCUUGCGAUUGUCGGGGUGAUCUUUUUCGCCUUAAAGAUGACCACGCUGUCGCCCGACGAAACGGAGAUCGGAAAGACCUGCAUUGCGCUGUUCCUGUCGAUUUGGGUGGCCGGCAUGCUUCAAGUCUUCAAGAGGCAUACAGCUCGGUUGAAGCAGAUCUGGGGAAUCAAGUCAGAGGAAGAGAUCAUUGUGCAGGUGCAUGCUGACUGGGACCAUGAGCGAGUCGGCGUACCUGGCUGGGUCGUGAAUCUUUUCACCGUUCUUUUCCUUGCUUGCUAUAUGGGUGGAAUCUUCGGCGUUCUUGCGUGGCAGUAUUCGCUGGAGGAAGACUCUUUUUUCUACAGCUAUUCAUCGGUAAUCCUGACAGUCGUGAUCAAAGGCGGGAGCUUCAUUUGGGGCCUCUUGGCACCUUGCCUGGUGGGCCUGGAGAACAUCAGGAAAGAGAGUGCUUUCACCGAUAAACUUUCUGGUCUCCUGGCGGGUGUGAAGCUCUUUGUGGCCAAUUGGCCAUUUAUUGCACACGCCUUCCUGACCAACUACCUCCAAAGGACCUGUGGAGCAAGCCACGAGGAGGCCGCAGGAAAAGUCUAUCCUGACUUCGAUCCUGCCCAUGACAAUGGUGCGAUCCUGAAGGUCUUGAAAGAGCAGUGGGCAUAUAAGCGGGGUCAUCAAGUUUGCCUUCCUGGCUGCAUGCCUGAAAGCUGGAGGAGUAUGGCUACACAGUACACCACCUCGUGUGAGGCCGACUUGGAGUCAAACUUGACAACAUAUUUCUUCUUUGCAAUAGUUAUUGAGUUUGUCUUCUUGGUGUUGCCCAUUGCCCUUUCUUACUUGGAGAUCUGGAAGGAGUACAAGAAGAUGCAAACUGUGGAUCCCGAGGAAGGUGGACCAACAUAUAAAUUUCUGGAAUGGGAAGCCAAGAAGUUUCCAUAUGAGUUCAACUCUUGGGGUGGUGACAAGAUCAACGACUACCUGGAUUCGGCCAUUUCCUACUCGGUGAUUGCGUGCUGGGGCAGCAUUGCCCCUAUCAUGUUUGUCUUCGGUUGUAUCUCGUUCUACGCCUCCUACCGCUUGCGAACCUACCGGAUGCUCUAUGUGACCCAAAGGCCCCUCCCACGUGUUGCUUGCGGACUAGGUGUUUGGGCUUCUAUUUUCUCUGCCAUCAAUGCUAGUGCUGUUGCUACCAACGUCGGUUUGGCAUGCUUCUUUUUCUAUCCAGGAGUUCAUCUCCACUUGUGGCAAAAACUUGCCUUGUUCUUGGCUCUUGAGCACGUGGUGUUGGUGUUGCAGUCUACCGUGCAAUUCCUUGUGUCAGACAACCCGAAGGAUGUGGAAGAAAUUGGGUUCUACAACGAGCACGCUUCAUCGCUGCUUCGGAAUGAUGCCUCAACGCAUCACGCACAGGUCAGAGCAACAAAGUGUGAUCAUCUCAAUUUGUCGACGAAUCCAGAUGGUCUGGAGUCAACUGACGCAGAAUCAGACUAAUGAUGACUUAUUAAUGUAUAAUAUGUGCAUGGAUGGCGCUGAUGACGAGCACCUUGCUUGGCCAAGCUGCACAUUGGUAGGAACAGUCAAGAGCCUGGCUCUUUGGUAAACACUUUUCAACUUGUGUUGACUUGCUUCUCCAGUGACGCCUUGACCGAGCAGCUCCUGUUUCAUGAUCCUUUGUUGGCAUCAUUGCAGAGCGAUGAUGAGUUCCAUUCUGUCAAUGAGAGAUGCAAAGUAUUGAUUCCAACGCAAAUGCACCGACAAAAGUGUGGAAAAAAGACAUCGAGCUGCAUUCUUGGAGGUUGGCUUCAGGCUACGAUCUGGGUUGUCUCGGCUCCAUUUCCAGAAAAUCAUCAUUGUCCAGCGCAGGAAGAUGAUAUGGACUGCGCAGCGUGUGCAUUGAACAUAUGAUAUAGACCCAAACCCAAUGGGUGAAUGGACUCCCGUCUUUCCCGUCUGGGAAACGUGCCAGGUUCAAUGGGUGGGAGAAUCG